CAGGAGCGGUGGCGGGAAAAGAGGACCGUUGAAAGCGUUGGGCCGCCUCGCCAGCUGCAGUCCUGUCCCAGCUGCCGCGCCCGUUUCCGCGCUAUGCCCGCCGCCGGCUCCGAGCUGCCGCACCUGACGUCGCCGCCCGCCGCGCAGGAGCAGGGCGCCGAGUCGCGGCCGCCGCCGCCGCACGGGGAGCUGCAGUACUUGGGGCAGAUCGAGCACAUCCUCCGCUGCGGCUUUCGGAAGGAUGACCGCACGGGCACCGGCACCCUGUCGGUGUUCGGCAUGCAGGCGCGCUACAGCCUGAGAGAUGAAUUUCCUCUGCUGACAACCAAACGUGUUUUCUGGAAGGGUGUUUUGGAGGAGUUGCUGUGGUUUAUCAAGGGAUCCACAAACGCUAAGGAGCUGUCUUCCAAGGGAGUGAAAAUCUGGGAUGCCAAUGGGUCCCGAGACUUCUUGGACAGCCUGGGAUUCUCCAUCAGAGCAGAAGGGGAUUUAGGCCCAGUUUAUGGCUUUCAGUGGAGGCAUUUUGGGGCCGAAUACAAAGAUAUGGAUUCAGAUUAUUCAGAUCAAGGAGUAGAUCAACUGCAAAAAGUGAUUGACACAAUCAAAAGCAACCCUGACGACAGAAGAAUCAUCCUGUGUGCUUGGAAUCCAAAAGAUCUCCCUCUCAUGGCCCUACCCCCGUGCCACGCCCUUUGCCAGUUCUAUGUGGUGAACGGUGAGCUGUCCUGCCAGCUGUACCAGAGGUCAGGAGACAUGGGCCUGGGUGUGCCCUUCAACAUCGCCAGCUACGCCCUGCUCACCUACAUGAUCGCACACAUCACGGGCCUGAAGCCAGGUGACUUUGUACACACUUUGGGAGAUGCUCACAUUUACCUGAAUCACAUUGAGCCGCUGAAAAUUCAGCUUCAGCGAGAACCAAGGCCUUUCCCCAAGCUCAGAAUCCUUCGAAAAGUUGAGAAAAUUGAUGACUUCAAGGCUGAAGACUUUCAGAUUGAAGGCUACAAUCCUCACCCGACUAUUAAAAUGGAAAUGGCUGUUUAGAGUGCUUUAUGAAGGAGUUGUUUGAAGGAUAUUUACACCUAGGUGAAAGUUCAUUUUGCUCUAAAGGAGAAAGAACUAGGUCAAAACCUGUUGGUGACCUAUCAGUUAUUAUUCAUUAACUUUUAAGGAUGUUGCCACUGGCAAAUAGAACUGUGCUGGUUCUCUUAGUAAUAAAAGACCUGGAGUUAGGGUAACUCACUGAGGAUGUAUGUAAAUGUAGAGAUUGUGAAUAAAGACAGGAAAGAGAAAAUUUAUAUACUCUUAA